UCCCUAGAAAAGUUUAAGGUAAAUAUGGUAAGGCAACUGUAGUUUAGCAACUGGGAGUGAACCUCAGAGGAAUGCCUCACAAGUAUCUGGUUUGACUCUCCCCUAGGUUUCAGGCCAAGCCCUGAAUGGCUGGUCCCCAGUUGGCCCCUCAAUUGCCUGUGGGGGUUAUGUUCCCACAUAAUAAAACAGAAGCGCUCCACUCAACCAAGCAAGACCCUUAUGAACAAGGUGACUCUUCCCUGCAGUCUUCCUCGAUGGGGCACUUGAAGAGUUUUCAGCAGAAGCCUUUGAGCAAGAAAGACUUGCAACCGGAUGUCUACACUCAUGCCAAAUGGAACACCUGCCUGAAAGCCCAGGGCUACUUCUAUUCCCACUGUGCUGGAAUAAGUGAGAGAAACUCAGGAAGCCAUUCUCAGGGCCAAGUAAGGGGCUUCGUGCAUUCUUCAAGCCCUCAGUCCAGGUAUCCCAAAGCAAAUGACCAAGACUUGGUCCCCGUUACAAAGAAGCAAGUUGGGGUGGACCGGGCCUACCCCUUGAAGCCCAUGGUCUACCAUAAGUCUUGUGGUACAGGGGAGGCUGGCACUGACAGGUACCAGCAUAUCUACCCAAGACCCCCUAGGCUAAGAGAAUUUUCAGACAGCAACUUCGGUUUGAGGAACUGGGCGAAUUCGUCUGUUCUGACUGCCACACAGGGAGAGGCCAUGGCAAACCUCCACUGGUUGGAGCGGAAGCAGCUUCAAAGACUGGAAGCUGCAGGAGAGAGCUUAGAGGAGGAAAUCCGAAGAAAAGAGAGUCUCCUGCGGGAAAAGCUGAAGAAGACAGAGGCAGAACUCAGAAGGAUCCAGAGAGAAAGGGAACAGGCCAAAGAAAAUGAAGAGCGAGAGCUGCAGAGAAUGAUACAACUCAGAAGAGUGAAAGGCAGUUACACCACCACUCCAUACAAGCCUGUCUUUCCCCCAGAAUUUGGGACUGAAGAAGUGUUCAGUAGAGACAGGAGAGAGGAUGAAACUUGGGGACUGCUCCAGGAAGAUUCUAGUCCAAUCCAGCUCUCUGAUUAUGGAAUUCAGAGGCUCAAAAAGGAAAGGCUAGUGGCAAACAAUAACAAAAUGCAAGACCGAGCCUCAGGAUCCCUGGAAAAGUUCUUUCAGCCUUCAGAAGAAGCAGGCGGUAAUUUUCAGGAAUCCUCCAGUUCUGGCCCGUCCAGGGUACCAGAGGCCUCAGGUUCCGUCUGCUCCACUGAGGAAGAGCCAGCACUGGCCAAGUGCAGCCACUGUGGGCGCACCUUUCUUCUGCCCAGGCUGGAGAGGCACUCUGCCAUCUGCAGCAAGAUGCAGGGCCCCAGGAGGAAAGUGUUUAACUCCUCCAGGGCCCGGGCGAAGGGAACAGAGCUAGAGCAGUAUCUGAACUGGAACAGGCCAGCCACAGUCAAGAACCAGGGAUUGAACUCAGGCCCUUGCGCUUGCCAGGCAAGUGCUUAUUCUACUGAGCCAUCUCCCCAGCCCCUUGCUUUCAUUUCUUUUUCCAGCUCUUCCUCUGUUGUGUUGGUACUUCUUGUGCAGUAGGACCUUUCUGUUCCAUGUGUAUUUGCUGAGGGCUUUAAGAUCUCACAUGGAUGCGAUGGCUAUGAGAUGUACAUACUUUGCAAUCUGGGAGGUCACCACAAGAAAGUCCCAUGUGCAGAGGCGACUAGCAUCCAACACGAAGUCUUAGCUGAGAUCGGCACGUUCAGGGUGGUAUGGCUGUAGACCCAACAAGAAGUCCUCAGAGUGCAGUGGUAGAUAGUGGUAGGAUAGCCAGCCACUGCUCUUUCCUAUGUUCUUUUUGGACAACACAGUAGUCCACUGGGGAUUCCCUGUGUCUGACCACAGCAAUUUAUAUUUGGCCAGAACCUAAAAGAAUCUUGUGGUUCUUAAAAGUUUAAAUAUAGUGAAGCAAAAGACUUGGGUUUCUGAGAUCAGACAUCCUAGCUCUGUGGAAACUAGUUUGAGGAAAUGUUUUGAGAGCCUGUUUGGAGGUUCUAGCAGGGGGGCACAGCUACUUGUAUACCCUUGACCGAGGAACAGUCCUCCUCUAUCAGGGGUGGUUGUCCUCUUCGACCGAGUGCGCAGCUUCAGGAGGGAUGCACGUGGAUCGCUGAGGGAGGAAGGGGACACCUGCCGAAUCAACCCUGGCAAUCAGUGGGUGACAGAUGUCGCAGCCAGAUCGCCCUCACAUCCUUGAGGAAAUGUUUUACUGAGCACACUGAGGGGAAAAGGACCUAG